AAUAUGCAAUUAUCAGACAAAGGUUCUAUGUUAGGUGGUUCUGUGUUUCAUUUAAAUGAUAUUUACGAACGUUUGAAAGAUUUUAAACAAAAGCUUGAUGGAAAUGAGUUAUAUUUUGCAAAAGUAGAUGUACAAUGUUGUUUUGAAUCAAUGGAUCAAGAGAAAGUCUUGGAAAUAGUUAAAGAUGUAUUAAAAGAG